UCUCGCUCUCAACCUGAUGCAUGAAGCUGUUUCGCUCAAAUCCAUGGCGCGGCUUUGCCAUUUCGAGGGUUUUCGGUGCUUUCUUCUAUCAUACCGAAACCAUACCCAGGUCUGCGCCCCAAAUCGACUCUCUCUACCUUCGCAUUUUGCAGGCCGGUGAUCCUAGGGUCCCGAUCGUCCGAGUGAUCGACCAGUGGCUCGAAGAAGGACGAGACGUCCAGAAUUCCGAGCUUCAUAUAUUGAUCAAGCAGUUUCGCAAAUGUCGUCGCUUCAAACACGCUUUACAGAUAUCUGAAUGGUCGAGUGAGCACAGGAACCCUAACCCAUUCCCUGGACACAUUGCGGUUCGGCUAGAUUUGAUCUCAAAAGUUCAUGGCCUAGAAGAAGCAGAGAAGUAUUUAGAUAGCAUCCCUGACACUUCAAGAAUCACCAGCCACGUAUAUGGUGCUCUGUUAAAGUGCUAUGCAGAACAUAAAUCUUUGGAUAAAGCAGAGGCCACCAUGCAGAAGAUGAGGGAGCUAGGUUUUCUGAAAUCAUCUCUGCCUUAUAAUGAUAUGUUAACUCUCUAUUCUCGGAUGGGUAAAACUGAGAAACUAGACAGUCUAAUGCAAGAGAUGGAAAGGAAGGGCAUUGACUGGGAUAAGUUCACAGGUAGCAUUAGGUUGAAUGCUUAUGCAGCCACCUCUGAUAUUAAGGGAAUGGAGAAGCUUUUAAUGAAGAUGGAAGCUGAUCCUGAAAUCACCAUAUGCUGGAAUGCUUAUGCUUCUGCAGCAAAUGGAUACUUGAAAGCUGGAUUACAUGAAAAGACGAUAGAAAUGCUAAAGAAAGCAGAGCAACUCGUUAGCGGUAAAACAAGGAAGUCUGCUUAUGAAAUAUUCCUCACUUUAUACGCGGCUAUUCAGAAUAAAGCGGAGGUGUAUCGUAUUUGGACUUUGUAUGGAGGGAUUGGGAAAGUCUGGAACUCAGGCUAUCUUAGUAUGAUGAGCUCGUUAGUAAAGCUGGAUGACUUGGAUGGUGCUGAGAAGAUUCUGGAGGAGUGGGUAUCUGUAACUACUUUCCUUGACUUUCGGAUUCCACGUGUGCUGAUCACUGCUUAUUGCGAGAAGGGUCUUUUGGAAAAGGCUGAAGCAUAUAUAGACAGGUUUAAAGAGAGUGGGAUGGAGGUAGACCCAAUCACAUUGGAUCGCCUGGCAAGUGGAUAUCAUGCACAUGGUCAGGUGGAGAAGGCAGUGGAGACAAUGAAGCAGGCACUGUUGGCAGGUCUACCAGGUUUUAAGCCCAACCGUUUUAUUUUGGCUGAACAUCUCGAGUACUUGAAAGAGAAGGGAGAUGUGGAAGCGGCAGAGGAGAUUUUGAGGUUACUUAGAGAAAAUUGUCAUUUCUCAACUGCUAUUUGUGAAAAAUUACGAAGUCAUAUUCAUGUUGAAAGUCCAUCUUGUAGAAAAGGCACUUGA